AUGACAUCCACUGCAGGGACCAGCUACACCUUGAUUCCUAACCAGAAAUACAGACGCAGUAACCGUCGCUCCAGACAGCACUGCAGCAUCUUGGACACAGAUCCCCAAUCUCUGUCCACACUUGGAUACUUUAAAACACUUCCAUUAGAGAUCUUUCAAAUGGUAUUGAAUUAUCUUUCAGUGAAGGAUAUCAGCAUGCUGAGCAUGGUGUCGAAAACCAUCAGCAACCGCCUUAUUAAUUACAUCUCAACCCCAUCAGGAAACCGAAGGCUCUUACUGCAAGACUUUCAUAACCUUGAGCUACCUGGCAAGAGAGAAGGAUCCUGUAUUUUAGAGCACUACAAAUCUCUAGGGUUGUUGCUUAAAAGAUGCACACUUCUAUUGCCUACAAAAGAUAGACUAAAGUAUAUACACAAGAUCCUCUCAGAAGUUUCCUGUUUUAAACUUAAUGGUUGUCCAAGUCCUUUGCAUUGUUUAGGAUUACAGUGCUAUGGGGUAUUUUUACAGAUCCUAACAGCAGGCUGGGAUGAACUAGAGUGUCACCGGGUUUUUAACUUCCUCUGUGAGCUGAGCAAUUUACCCCGUAAAGUACAGACAGUUGUCAGCAGCAAACCGGGAAGUGCCCGAAAGCUAGAGCUGCGGAUAAGGUUAUACUGUCGUAGAGUCUUAUUGAACCACUGGAUUCAUCGAAGUGAUUCUGCAUUUUGGCUGACUCGUAUUUUAAAGCCGUGGCCCAUAGUCAAUCAAGCUCGCCUGCUGUAUAUCAUCUUUGGGCCAGUGUCCUCUCUUGAUGGACAUGUGGUUUGGCAGAAAAUGAUAGAAGGACCAACAGAUGAGACCAGUCUGAAAGGUCUAGCAGAUGCAAUUAAACUGCUGUAUGAUACAGAAGCUAGAGAAUGGACAGCAGAUGAUGUUAUCAGUCUUGUGGAUGAGCUGUCAGUUAUUCCCCGGGAGUGGCUCAUGGAGAACAAUGCUCGGCUUCUUAUUCUGAGUGGAAACAACGUUUGCUUCACUUUCAUGGCCAGUAAAGCUGUGAAUGGAAGAGCCGUCGAGUUAGCCAGACUCAUGGUCUUCCUGGCUUUGGUCUGUGAGAAGGACCUGUACUGCAUGGACUGGGCAGUAAAAAUGAUGCAGAAGGUCUGCAAAGUUUUCAGCACUCCAGGGGAGAGAAACAAGUUCCUGCAGUGUGUGGAGAAUGCCUUUGCUCACAUGAUCAUGGACAUGCUACAGGCAGUACUGUCCGGUGAUCGUGAUGAAGAGGACGGCAGCUUUUUGAAUUUGUUUCACCUUGUAAAUGCACAAGCGAACUUCCAUAAAGAAAUCCUGUACCUGACCAUGAGAAGCAACAGCAAUACCGUCUGA